AUGACCAAGGCUGAACGUCGCGAGCUGCAGGAACGACAACGAGCUGCAAAAUUGGCCCAAAAGCAACAACCACAAGGCUCCACGAAUGCUGCCGCAUCAUCCUCAAAAUCUAAGCAAACAUCGACACCACAAAAGAAAUCUCAGGCCGUGGACGCGAACAAGCCUGCUGCAUCGAUAGGAAAAGACGCAUCGCUAGCGGCCAAGGAUGCUGCUUUGUCCAUAGCCGUUGCUGCUGCGGAUAGUGUUGAAGCCCAAAAAUCGCGUGGAUUACGGAUAUUUUCCCACUUUGGCGCACCGAAACCGCUGGGAGCUGGGGUGAAGGGAGACAUACAUCCGGCAAUUGUCAGGCUUGGUUUACUGUUCUCAGAAUUCAAAAUAUGUGGUGCCAACGCACGUUGUAUUUCCACUCUUUCUGCGUUCAAAUCGGUCAUCCAAGACUAUACGACACCUCCUAAUAACACGCUGUCACGACAUCUAAUGACACAUAUCUCACCUCAGAUAACAUACCUUGUAUCUGCCAGACCUAUGUCCGUCACCAUGGGAAACGCCAUCCGACAGCUGAAGCUGGAAAUUAGCGGGUCUGACAUCGACUUACCCGAACAAGAUGCCAAGGACUCACUUUGUCAGAAAAUCGACAAUUACAUUCGUGACCGAAUAAUAAUUGCGGACGAAGUCAUUCAAGACUUAGCUGGCAGGAAGAUCAAGGAUGGCGAUAUUAUUCUUACACAUGCCAGGUCCUCAUUAGUUCAAAAGAUCCUUUUGCACGCGCACUCUGAAGGGAAACGAUUUUCUGUCAUCGUAGUCGACUCGAGGCCACUUCUGGAAGGGAAAAAGCUUCUGCACGCACUCACAUCGACAGAACCUCCAAUACCUUGUACAUACGCAUUUCUUUCCGCUCUUCCUUCUGUCGUUUCCGAAGCAACAACCGUUCUGGUUGGUGCGCAUUCGCUUCACUCUAAUGGCGCAGUGUAUUCAAGAGCUGGGACCGCGUUGGUCGCAAUGAUGGCCAAGGCCCAUGGAGUGCCUGUUGUAGUCUGUUGUGAGACGUACAAGUUUAGCGAGACUGUCAUGCUGGAUGGAUUCGGAAAGAAUGAGUUAGCCCCGGCAAAGUUCUCGCCUUCGGAACCAAAGCCAAAUCCGACGUUAGAAAUAUUGAAUCCACUCUAUGAUGUGACCCCUCCUGCGAGUAUCACGGCAGUUGUGACCGAAGUCGGCAUGAUACCUCCCACCAGCAUCAGUUCGAUACCCCUUGCCUUGGGCAAGACAAACUUGUAG